ACUCUCUACUGUACCGAGGGGGUAAGUAGUUUUUGAACGUCAUACUGGGGAGGAGGGUUAGGAACCGGGCACAAUAACAGUUUAUCUGUCUCUCCGUCGAUGCUGUAAGUUUGUUCUUGUCAGUAAUGUUCGUGUUGCCGUGCGUUUGAGUUUUAUGCAAGAACAAAAGAGCCACAUCCUCUCGGCGUAAGGAAGAGAUCCAUUGAAGAGGACAGCAAUGGAGCACUUAUGCGGGUCCGAACUUCCAUUCUGGGAACCCAAUCUCACCAUAUACACAGAACUGCCUGACUUACCAGAAUGCUUUCAGAUGUCAAUACUGCCAUGGGCUCCCUGUAUCUAUCUGUGGGCGAUGUCCCCUUUCUACAUCCUCUAUCUCAAGAGGAACAACAGAGGUUACAUCAUGAUGUCUAUAUUAAACCGAAUCAAAACGGUUCUCGGUUUGAUAUUGUGGAUAGUUUGCUGGACAGAUCUUUUUUCUGCAUUUCAUGAGAUGAACGAGGGUCAACCUAAACCUCCUAUAUAUUUUGUUACACCUUUAAUAGUUGGUAUGACAAUGUUGCUAGUCACAUUCCUGAUCCAGUUUGAGAGGUUGAGAGGGGUGCAGUCAUCCGGUGUGCUUUUAAUCUUUUGGACCAUCUCAGUGCUGUGCGCCAUCGUGCCUUUCCGCUCCAAAAUCAUGCAAACCAAUCAUGGGGAGAUCAAAGACAAGCUGAGAUUCACAACGUUCUACAUUUACUUUGGGCUCACCCUGAUUGAACUCAUCCUGUCAUGUUUCAAUGAAAAGCCUCCUCUUUUCUCCAGUGUGGUCACUGACCCUAACGUAUGUCCAGAAACGACAGCUGGAUUCCUUUCAAGAAUGACCUUCUGGUGGUUUACAGGGUUGGCUAUCAAAGGCUACAAAUCCCCACUCGAGAGCAAAGACCUUUGGUCCUUGAACAAGCAAGACAGUUCAGAGUUGGUGGUACCUUCUCUGCUCAAUGAAUGGGAGGUUGAGAAAUCCAAAGUACACAGUGAACCAAACGUGAAGGAACAGGCCACAUUUAUUAAAACUGGCACAGGCGCUGAAACCAACCACGUGGGCGACAAUCCUGAGGAGGCGGAGGUUCUGCUGUCCAAGCGAAAGGAGUCAAGGCAGCCCUCCUUUCUGUGGGCCCUCAUUAGAGCUUUUGGUCCCUACUUUCUCAUCGGAUCUGCUUUCAAACUGCUGCAGGAUCUCGUUUCUUUUGUUAACCCUCAGUUACUCAGGAUGUUGAUUAUCUUCACAAAACAGCCAGACGUUCCGAUGUGGUGGGGCUACGCUCUGGCCUUUCUGAUGUUCGGCACUUCCCUCCUGCAGACGCUCAUCUUGCAUCAGCACUUUCAGUACUGCUUUGUCACUGGCAUGAGGCUUCGUACUGGAAUCAUAGGGGCCAUCUACAGGAAGUCACUGGUGAUCACAAAUGAGGCCAAACGUUCAUCUACGGUGGGAGAGGUGGUCAACCUGAUGUCUGUGGAUGCCCAGCGAUUCAUGGAUCUCACCACCUUCCUGAACAUGCUGUGGUCAGCACCAUUGCAGAUUUUCCUUGCUCUUUUCUUCCUCUGGGAGAAUCUAGGUCCCUCAGUUCUUGCCGGUGUGGCCGUGAUGGUUCUGCUUAUCCCUUUCAAUGCUUUUAUUGCCAUGAAGACCAGAACUUACCAGGUGGAGCAGAUGAAACAUAAAGAUGACCGUAUCAAGCUGAUGAAUGAGAUUCUAAAUGGCAUAAAGGUGUUGAAACUUUACGCAUGGGAGGUGUCAUUCAAAGAGAAGAUCCUUCAGAUUCGACAGAAAGAGCUCAACGUGCUACGCAAGACCGCUUACCUCAGUGCUUUAUCCACCAUGGCCUGGACCAGUGCUCCAUUCCUGGUAGCCAUGACCACAUUUGCUGUAUAUGUGACUGUGGAUGAAACUCAUAUCUUGGAUGCAGAGAAGGCUUUUGUGUCCUUGUCUCUUUUCAACAUCCUAAGGUUUCCCUUGAAUAUGCUCCCACAAGUAAUUAGCAGCAUUGUACAAGCCAGUGUGUCUCUGAAGCGUAUAGAGGAUUUCCUGAGUCAUAAAGAGCUGGAUCCAGAGAGCGUAGACAGAAGAAACAAUGCAUCGGAAUAUGCGGUGACCGUGGUAAAUGGGAAGUUCUCAUGGACCAAGCAAGACCAUGUGACUCUUGAAAACAUUAACGUGAUGGUGCCUCAGGGCUCUCUGCUGGCAGUGGUGGGUCAUGUCGGCUGCGGAAAAUCCUCUCUUGUGUCUGCCCUGCUUGGAGAAAUGGAAAAGCUUGAGGGAGAGGUCUCCAUACGGGGAUCUGUGGCUUACGUUCCACAGCAAGCUUGGAUCCAAAAUGCCACCUUGAGAGACAACAUCCUGUUUGGCAAGCCCUAUGUUGAGAAGAAGUAUCAAUGUGUGCUGGAGGCCUGUUCUCUCACUCCUGACCUGGAAGUGCUUCCUGGUGGUGACCUGACAGAGAUCGGGGAGAAGGGCAUUAACCUGUCUGGUGGUCAGAGGCAGAGAGUGAGUCUAGCCAGAGCACUAUACAGUGAGUCAGACGUAUACCUCCUGGAUGAUCCCCUUUCUGCUGUGGACGCUCAUGUUGCCAAACACAUUUUUGACCACGUCAUCGGUCCUGAGGGAGUCCUCCAGGGAAAGACCCGUAUACUGGUGACCCAUGGUAUCACCUUCCUGCCUCAGGUGGAUAACAUCCUUGUGAUGGUGGAAGGCAGAAUGACAGAGAUGGGCUCCUACCAGGAACUCCUUAAGCAGAAUGGGGCUUUCGCAGAAUUUUUAAGAAACUACUCUCUUGAGGAUAUCAUCGAGGACGAUGAAGUCACUCUUUCAGUGGUUGACGAAGAGGAAGAUUUUCCUGAGGAUGCUCUUAGUAACCAUAUAGACAUGGUGGAUAAUGAACCGGCUGAAAACGAGGCCCGCAGACAAUUCAUGAGACAGAUGAGCAUCAUGUCCAAUGACCCAGAGAACCCAAAGAACAAGUCUAUCCGUCUCCGCCGCUGCAGUGUGAAAAAACUUGCAGAGCCUCAAGCAGAGAAGAUUGAACAAAAGGGGGAGAAGCUCAUCCAGACAGAAACAGCCGAGACUGGGAAGGUGAAGUUUAAAGUUUACUGGGAGUAUGCAAAAGCUGUGGGGCCUCUCCUGUCCCUUUUCAUCUGCUUCCUGUACGGCUGUCAGAGCGCAGCUGCGAUAGGAGCGAACUUCUGGCUGAGCGAAUGGACUAAUGACGCACUGAAAAACAGAACACAAGAGUUUGUUCCAAUGAGGGUGGGGGUGUACGCUGCGCUGGGCAUUUCACAAGGUGCGCUGAUUCUGGGCAAUUGUUUACUGUGCCGGGCUUACAGCAUGCUGAAGGCGGCCCACAAGACCCACCUCAACAUGCUCCAUGCCAUUUUGAGAGCUCCCCAAGCCUUUUUCGAGGCCACACCCUCGGGCCGCGUCUUGAACCGCUUCAGCAAAGACGUGGACACAAUUGACUCUCUCAUUCCAGACAAUAUUGAUAUCUGGAUGCGCACUUUCUGGUACACAGUAAAUGUGCUGAUCGUAUGCUCUGCCCUCACCCCUAUGUUCCUCAUAGUCAUAGUGCCGUUAAUGCUGUUCUAUUGGUGGGUCCAGAGAUUUUAUGUAGCCACGUCUCGGCAGCUUAAGAGACUGGAAUCUGUCAGUAGGUCUCCUAUAUAUUCACAUUUUUCGGAGACCAUUACAGGCACUAGUGUGAUCCGUGCCUACGGGCGAAACAGUGCCUUUGUGCUCAUGAGUAAUAUGAAAGUGGAUGACAACCAAAAGAGUUACUUCCCUGGUAUUGUUUCCAACAGGUGGUUGGGGGUUCGCAUCGAAUUUAUUGGGAACUGCAUUGUGUUGUUUGCUGCUUUGUUUGCUGUUAUUGGGAAGGAAAAGCUCAACCCCGGCUUGGUUGGGCUGUCGGUGUCAUAUGCUCUUCAGGUCACUAUGUCUCUAAACUGGAUGGUGAGGAUGACCUCUGACCUGGAAAGCAACAUAGUAGCUGUGGAGAGAGUAAAGGAAUACUCAGAGACGCCAACUGAGGCUCCUUGGGUAGUUGAGGACAAACAGCCUCCACCAGACUGGCCUUCGAAGGGUAAUGUAGAGUUAGUGGACUACAGUGUGAGGUAUCGAGAAGGACUAGACCUCGUGCUGAGAAACCUCUCUCUGAAAGUGAAAGGAGGAGAGAAGAUCGGCAUCGUAGGAAGAACCGGAGCCGGUAAAUCCUCCAUGACACUGUGUCUGUUCCGUCUGCUGGAGGCAGCGGAGGGAGAGAUCAUAAUCGAUGAGGUGAAGAUCUCAGAGAUCGGCCUUCACGACCUCAGAUCCAAGCUCACCAUUAUUCCUCAGGAACCUGUACUCUUUUCUGGAACCCUGCGGAUGAACCUGGAUCCCUUUGAGAAAUACAGUGACGAUGAAGUGUGGAAAGCUCUGGAACUGUCUCAUUUAAAGAAGUUUGUAAGCAACCAGGCUGCCAAACUCAAUCUGGAAUGCGCAGAAGGAGGAGAAAACCUAAGUCUGGGUCAGAGGCAACUGGUGUGUCUGGCACGAGCCUUGCUGAGGAAGACUAGAAUCCUCAUUCUCGACGAAGCCACUGCCGCAAUUGACCUGGAGACAGAUGAUCUGAUCCAGUCCACAAUCCGUACUCAGUUCGAAGACUGCACAGUUUUCACUAUAGCUCACAGACUCAACACCAUCAUGGAUUACACCAGAGUGCUUGUUUUGGACAAGGGACAGAUAGCAGAAUUCGACACACCGACCAAACUUAUUGGGCAGAAAGGAAUAUUUUUUGGAAUGGCUAAGGAUGCAGGGUUGGUUUGAACUCUCACUAUGCUGUAAUAAACCCACGAGUGCCUUCACACAGUAUAUGACUGAAAGUCAGCGAAUGUAAUUUUUAUGUUUAUGUUAUGUUUUCUCAACAGCAGGAUUUUAAUUUUUUUUACUUCAUCGUUCCUUUUUCUAUAAACUACAGUGACAUUGUUAAUUCAGCGAGUGAGUUUCAUGAUGAAGCAGUCUAUUUUUGUACUGUAUUAUUUAAGUCACUUUUUGAAGUUGUUCAAUGGAAAAUGAUUCCUUUUUAUAUACCAAAUCUGUAAAAACUUGAACUCUGUUACCAGAAUUGGAGUAUCGUUGCAUUUAUUAAAAAGAUAAUGCUGUUUCUCA